GUUUCCGGUGCGUGCAGGAGGUGUCAGAGGCGUCCACCUCCCUCAGAUCCUGUCUCCAGCAACCAUGGCUCACCUGCCAAAGCUUUUCGAUUAUGUCGAUAAACACCAGGAUCUGUAUGUGCAGCGCCUUGCAGACUGGGUGGGUGUCCAGAGCGUGUCUGCCUGGCCCGAGAAGCGCGGGGAGAUCAAGAAGAUGAUGGAGAUGGCAGCUGAGGACAUCAAGAGGCUGGGCGGUACCGUGGAGCUGGUGGACAUCGGCAAACAGAAGCUUCCCUCUGGAGAGGAGAUCCCCCUGCCUCCGAUUGUUCUGGGCCAGUUGGGAUCCGAUCCGGGAAAGAAGACAGUUUGUAUUUACGGUCACCUCGAUGUCCAGCCAGCGAGCAUCGACGACGGCUGGGACACAGAUCCAUUCACUCUGGUGGAAAAAGACGGUAAGCUCUACGGUCGAGGAUCUACUGAUGACAAGGGUCCAGUGUUGGCCUGGUUCAACUGCAUCGAAGCCCAUCAGAAGAUCUGUCAGGAACUUCCCAUCAACAUCAAAUUCUGCUUCGAGGGGAUGGAGGAAUCGGGAUCUGAGGGCCUGGACGACCUGGUGUUUGCCAGAAAGGACACCUUCUUGAAAGACGUCGACUACGUCUGCAUCUCCGACAACUACUGGCUGGGCAAGACCAAACCCUGCAUCACCUACGGCUUGAGAGGAAUCUGCUACUUCUUCAUUGAGGUGGAGUGUGGCGAGAAGGACCUGCACUCCGGCGUGUUUGGAGGCUCGGUUCAUGAAGCCAUGACUGACCUCAUUGCACUUAUGGGAUCUCUGGUGGACAAGCGGGGAAGGAUUUUGGUUCCUGGGAUCCUGGACAGCGUGGCCCCUCUGACCGAGGAUGAGAAGAAGCAGUACGAGAAUAUCGAGUUCGACCUGCACGAGUACCGCAAAGAUGUGGGAGUCGGGAAGCUGCUGCACGACACCAAGGAGCUGAUCCUCAUGCACCGCUGGAGGUACCCGUCUCUGUCUCUUCAUGGGAUCGAGGGGGCUUUCGCCGAAGCAGGAGCGAAGACCGUCAUCCCCCGCAAGGUCAUUGGCAAGUUCUCCAUCCGCCUUGUGCCUGACAUGGAUCCCAAAGUUGUGGAGAAGCAGGUCAUUGACCAUCUGCAGAGUAAGUUCAAUGAGCUGGGGAGCCCCAAUAAGAUGAAAGUGGAUAUGGGCCACGGGGCCAAAGCCUGGGUCUCCGACUUCAACCACCCGCACUACAUGGCUGGCCGGAAGGCCAUGAAAACAGUCUUCGGCGUGGAGCCUGACCUGACCCGUGAGGGCGGCAGCAUCCCGGUCACCCUGACCUUCCAGGAGGCCACCGGCCGGAACGUCAUGCUGCUGCCCGUGGGCUCCUCCGAUGACGGAGCUCACUCUCAGAACGAGAAGAUCAACAGAUCCAACUACAUCCAGGGAACCAAGAUGCUGGGAGCAUACUUCCACGAGGUUUCCCAGUUGAAAUGA